AUGGAGGAGGAAGGGACAGGAUUUGAAAAUGAAAUAGUAAAGAUAGGGACACUUUUCUUUGCCGACGAUGGAUUAGUUCUAGCAAGUAAUAUAGAAGAUGUAAGAAUAAACAUCAAGAUUUUAAUAGAUAUAGGAAACAAAUGUGGGCUAGAAAUAAAUAAAGAGAAAAGCAGCAUCAUUAUUUUCAACAUGAAAGAUAAACCAGAAGAGGGAAGUGCUUUAGAUCAGCACCUACAAAGCACUGGAUAUGCAGAUUAUGAAUCCACACAGACAGCUUCAUUUUAUCAAGAAAGUCAUUGUUCACCAGGAGGUGAAAAGAAAAAGGUGGAAUGGCUUUUAGUAAGGAACAAAAUAUUGGAUGUCAUAAUUUCUCUUUUCUGGCCUAAAGGGUUAAGAAAAAACUUCUGCAAAAGAAUUGUGAGAAAUGCAUAUGAGAGUAAACUACUAAUAUCAGAUGAUCUGCUGCUAUUAAGCAUUUCAUUCCUCAUGACUUCCUUUCAACUUGCCAGUUAGGGAACACUUUUGGAUAAUGGAAAUAAUUC